AUGGGAGGGCUAAUUAUCGCGCCGUAUGAAUGGCCUGACCCCCCACUAUUGAAGGGGAAGCAUGGGGUGAAUUAUGGUGCCAAGAAGGAUGGAGCACAUGAUGGGACGGAGCAGGAUGAAGUAAAGAAAUCGUUGUAUGCCACAGCUGUGAUGUACACCACUGCCGACGGCUCUUCUCCACCCAUUCAACCCCUUUCGCCUGGUGGCGUGGACACGAACACCAACACGCACAUCAGUAAUGUAUGGGGCGGCCGCCGCAUCUUGCUCAGCCGUACCCUUCGACUGUUCGCGGGUCGGAGAGACGCCGUCGAGGUGGGUAUUCGUCGGUGUGGAGGCGAGAUUGCACGAUACGCCGGAGAUGACGAGGAAGAUGAGGAAGACCCUGACGAGGAGGUUCAAGAACAAAAGGAGUGA